UCGGUGUUUGGAUACCCCAUCAGCAUUUUCUUCAUCGUGGUGAAUGAGUUCUGUGAGAGGUUCUCCUACUAUGGCAUGCGAGCCGUCCUGGUGCUUUACUUCAAGUACUUCCUGCUCUUCGACGAUGACCUGGCGACCUCCGUCUACCACGCGUUCGUGGCUCUGUGCUACCUGACGCCCAUCCUGGGGGCCAUCGUGGCUGACUCCUGGCUGGGGAAGUUCAAGACCAUCAUCUACCUGUCCAUCGUCUACGCGGUCGGCCAGGUUGCCAUGGCUGUGAGUGCGAUCCAUGACAUCACCGACGCGGAUAGAAACGGGAAGCCAGACAGCUUGACCUUCCACAUUGCGUUGUCCAUGGUGGGUCUCAUCCUCAUCGCUCUCGGCACCGGUGGCAUCAAACCCUGCGUGGCUGCUUUCGGUGGCGACCAGUUCAACGAGCACCAGGAGAAGCAGAGGAAAACCUUCUUCUCCGUCUUUUACUUGUGCAUCAACGGUGGCAGUCUCCUGUCCACCAUCAUCACCCCCAUCCUGCGAGCUCAACAGUGUGGGAUCCACACCAAGCAGAGCUGCUACGCUCUGGCCUUUGGCGUCCCGGCGGCUCUGAUGGUGGUGGCGCUCGUGGUGUUCAUCGUGGGGAGCGGGAUGUACUACAAGGCUGAGCCGGAGGGGAACAUCAUGCUGGACGUGUGCAAGUGCAUCGCUUUCUCCAUCAAAAACCGCUUCAGGCACCGAGACCGCCGGUACCCAGCGAGAUCGCACUGGCUGGACUGGGCUGAGGAGAAAUACGACAAACUGCUCAUCGCUCAGAUCAAGAUGGUCCUGAAGGUUCUCUUCUUGUACAUCCCACUGCCCAUGUUCUGGACCCUGUUCGACCAGAAGGGCUCCAGAUGGACUCUGCAGGCCACGACCAUGAACGGAGACUUUGGCUUGCUGGUGGUACAGCCUGACCAGAUGCAGGUGAUCAACCCGAUCCUGAUCUUGACUCUGGUGCCCAUCAUGGACAGCCUGGUCUACCCUCUGAUCCAGAAGUGCUUCAACUUUACGCCCCUCAGGAGAAUGACCGUCGGGAUGUUCAUGGCAGCGGUGGCUUUCUUCUGCGCCGGCGUCGUCCAGAUCGAAAUCGAUAAAACCCUGCCCACGUUCCCGUCGGCCUCCCAGAGUCAGCUGAAGCUACUGAACAUGAGGUCCACCCCGGUGACGGUCAGCAUGCCCUUCCACGAGCCAGUGACCCUCGAGGGAUCACAGGCCACUCCAGAAUACCUCACGUUUGAGACGAAGAAAACAGAUAUUACCAUCGAACCUCACGGAGGGAUCCUUUCCCUCACACUGGAGUACGGACAGCGACACACCCUCCUCAUCCCUGCUAACGUUUCCCAGGACUGGCGUCUGACGCGGGAUCUUAUCGCGAAGCCGCAACAAGGAAACAACACCAUACGAUUCGUGAAUGGAAUGGCGUCACCAGUGAAGGUUUCCUCUCGAGUUGCGGACUUCGGAAUUGUCUCGCCGUCUAAUUACAGUAAAUACUUGCAGAUAAAAAAUGGAUUGGUAAAGUUUACUCUCCAGAACGACCUCCAGUCAUGUGACUACAGCAAGGAGUUUGGAUUCGGAAGUUCAUACACCUUCUUCAUCCCCAGCAAUUUCACCUUCGGACCUGAUUGUCAGCACUCCGUCACUGUGAUAGAAGACAUCAAGCCCAACUCCGCCCACCUGGCGCUUCAGAUCCCUCAGUACUUCUUCAUCACACUCGGAGAGGUGAUGUUCUCCGUGACAGGGCUUGAGUUCUCGUACUCGCAGGCGCCCAGCAACAUGAAGGCGGUGCUGCAGGCCGGCUGGUUGUUCACCGUCGCCGUCGGCAACAUCAUCGUCCUGAUCGUGGCCGAGAUCGCCAAGCUGCCCAAACAGUGGGCCGAGUACUUCCUCUUCGCCUCGCUCCUGGUGGCCGUCUGUUUCAUCUUCUCCAUCAUGGCGUACUUCUACACCUACAUUGACCCGAACGAGAUCGAGGCCAAGUUCAGGAAGCAGGUCGAUGACGAGUCUGAGAAAAACAAGCACAAAGAGAUGGAACUGAUGCACAGAGACUCUGGGAAAUGUGACAAACGCCAAUCCAAACAAACAAAACUGUGAAGACAGGUUUAAAACAGAAGCUGCUGUUUUGAC